AUGCCAGACGGAUCCGGGUCUACGCAGUUCUCUGCAUCGGAGGUGAACUUACUGAUUUACCACUACCUGAAAGAAGCCGGCCUGCAUCAUACAUGCUUUGCCCUGCGUUAUGAAGCUCGUCUUGACGAUGUUCCUGCAUCACAUGAACCUCUUGUAGAGCCGGGUCAGUUGCUCCGGUACUUGCAUCGUGGGCUGCUAUAUACCACAGCUGAGCGAUUGGUGCAACAAGGACAAGCAGACGCACAGAAACUCUCAUCACCAGAUGCAUUGGUAUCUUCGUCACGAGAAAAGACGGAAGUCACGCCUGCAUCGUCGAAGGCUCCAGCUACGUCGCCUAGUCAACGCCGUGAUGCGUCGUCCCAAACGCCGGCAUGGCCGUCAUCCACAGAGUCAAAAAAGGCGCUUUCUGAAACUCAACCUUCCGCUGCAUCAAACUCAGCUUCCCUUGCAUCCACUAACGACGGGCAAGCCAGCGGCAAGAGACGGGGCACGUGGGAUGUGCCUUCGUCAGAGAAACGUACCAAAACUGAAUCUGAUUCCAUGGACAUCUCACCUUCCUCAAGCACAGGAGCAAAUACACCAAGCCGUAUAACGCCACCAGCGACGUCAGAGAAUGAUGCGUCCACCUCACAGUCAAAGCCAAAGAAGGACAGUCACUCACGGCGUGCAUCCAGUUCGGAGCAUUUGCAUGGUCGUCAGUCCAAAAUGGAAGAAGGACCUGAAGCGAUACCUGAUGCAAAUGCUACGGAUCUUGUGGGACAUUCUGCAGAAGUUUUUGUGUCAGCAUGGAACCCAACCGUACCUAGUCUGCUGGCGAGCGGUGGCGGUGAUGCCUCUGUACGUAUUUGGGACUUGACAUCGCCUUCAGAGCCACCAGCCGUGUGUAAGCAUAUGCCAGCAACACAAGCUAAGAAUGUAUCUACAGUUGCAUGGAACCCGGAUGGCACACUAUUGGCGUCCGGUUCUUAUGAUGGUAUUUUGCGUUUGUGGACACCCCAAGGCGACUUGCAUUUGGUCUUGUCCAUGCACCAGGGCCCUAUUUUUGCUGUGCGUUGGAAUAGGAAGGGAAAUAUGCUACUCACAGGUAGCGGUGAUGGUACUGCUAUUGUUUGGGAUGUGAGCAGUGGCCGUACGCGACAGCAGUUUAGCCUACAUGCGAAGAAUGUAUUGGACGUGCAAUGGCUGACUGGCGCAUCAGACUCUACAGCUUCGCACGCUAAUCAAAAUAUCGCAGACAUGCUGUUCGCCACUUGCUCUGAUGAUAACCAAGUGCAUUUGUGCAAGCUUGGCGAACCUAAGCCUAUUAAAAGUUGGACCCGUCAUUCGGAUGAAGUGAAUGCCAUCCGUUUUGACCCAUCUCAAACUCUAUUGGCUACGGCUUCGGACGAUGGUACAGCGCAUAUUUACGCAGUGGACAGCCAAGGCAAUGCGGCGGCCAUGUCCAACGAGCCUUUGCAUGUCCUCCGUGGACAUACAGAAGAAGUGUAUGCCAUCGCAUGGAGUCCAAGUGGACCAGGCUCUCCUCAUCCUGCGCGUCCGAAGGUGCUAGCCACUGCUAGUUUUGAUAAUACAGCACGUCUAUGGAAUGGGGAGACAGGUGCCUGCCUUCAUGUCAUUGAAGGUCAUGAACGCAGCGUAUACGCUCUGGCAUUUAGUCCAUGUGGACGCUUCCUUGCCACAGGAGGUAUUGAUCAUCGCGUGUUUGUCACGCGCGUGCAAGAUGGCAAGCGCGUCUAUACAUACACCGGUGGUGGACCUAUUAUGGAUUUAACUUGGCACACCAAAGGACGUAUACCACUACCAGAUGACACUAGCUCUUCUACCACCACUACAGCGACCUCCACGGGUGCGCACCAAUUAGCUAUUGCCCAAGGCGAUAAGCAUCUUGUCGUGCUUGAUCUAAGCACGAGUCUUUCAUAG